CAGAAGAUGGCAGUAUUGCAACAUUGAGGAUGCAAGCUGCCGUAUGGUAUAAACCCAAAGAAGAAGAAGAAGAAGAAGAAGAAGAAUAAAGUCAAUAUGGCGUUCAGUUUUGGCGGCGCCACGAGUAACCCAGCGGCAAGCACGUCCGGGUUUUCAUUCGGUUCAUUUGGUGCCAAAACCACAGCAGCAUCAACAGCAGCAUUUGGCUUUGGACCAGCAGCCACCACCACCACCGCCUCAUCCGGAUUCGGCACUCUUACCGCCCCUGGUUUUGGGGCAGCCACCACCACUGCUGCUGCACCAGCCACAGGAUUUAGUUUUGGCUCCACCAACACUGGCACGUUUGGUGGAUUUGGAACAAAUACAACAACUGCCACUGCACCAGGGUCCACCUUUAGCUUUGCUACUCCCUCUAACACCACAGGAAGCCUGUUUGGUAACACGCAGAACAAAGGCUUUGGGUUCUCCUCUGGGCUUGGUGCUGGGACCACUGCUGGGACAACAGGAUUUGGAACAGGAUUAGGAACAACUGGCCUGGGUGGGUUUGGAGGCUUUAAUAUCCAGCCAACUCAGCAGCAGCCAGGAAGCUUGUUUGGCCAGCAACAGGCUCAGCCCAGCCAGCUUUACCAGCAGGUCACUGCUCUGUCAGCUCCCACCUUGUUAGGAGAUGAGCGUGACUCCAUCUUAGCCAAAUGGAACCAAUUGCAGGCUUACUGGGGCACUGGGAAGGGCUACUACAGCAACAACAACCAACCGGUUGACUUCACCCAGGAGAACCCAUUCUGCAGGUUCAAGGCGGUGGGCUAUAGCUGCGUCCCAGUGAGUAAGGAUGAGGACGGUUUCGUGGUCUUGCUUCUCAAUAAAAAGGAAGCUGAUGUGCGAGCUCAGCAGCAGCAGCUGGUGGAGUGCCUCCACAAGGUCCUGGGAAGCAACCAGACACUCACUGUCAAUGUAGACUGUGUCAAAGCCUUGCCCAAUGACCAGACAGAAGUGAUCAUUUACGUGGUGGAGCGUUCUCCCAAUGGCACCUCCAAACGGAUCCCCGCCACCACACUCUUCGGUUAUCUAGAGCAGGCCAACAUCAAGAUGCAGCUCACACAGAUUGGAGUGGCCAUGUCUGUCACGCGCACAGAGUUGUCUCCAGCACAGCUCAAACAGCUGCUGCAAAAUGCACCUGCAGGAGUGGACCCUAUCAUUUGGGAGCAGGCAAAGGUGGACAACCCUGACCCAGAGAAAUUAAUACCAGUGCCCAUGGUGGGUUUUAAGGAGCUGCUUCGCAGGCUGCAGAUCCAGGAGCAAAUGACCAAACAGCACCAGACCAGAGUGGAUAUUAUUUCCAGUGAUAUCAGUGAACUGCAGAAGAACCAGGCGACCACUGUGGCCAAGAUUGCCCAGUACAAGAGGAAGCUGAUGGAUCUCUCUCACAGGGUGUUGCAGGUGCUGAUAAAACAGGAGAUUCAAAGGAAAAGUGGUUAUGCUAUCCAAGUGGAUGAGGAGCAUCUCAGGGUGCAGCUGGACACCAUUCAGUCUGAACUCAAUGCCCCCACACAGUUCAAGGGUCGGUUGAAUGAAUUAAUGUCCCAAAUCCGGAUGCAGAAUCACUUUGGAGCUGUGAGAUCAGAAGAACGCUACAGUGUUGAUGCAGACCUUCUUAGGGAAAUCAAACAACACUUGAAACAGCAGCAGGACGGUUUAAGUCAUUUGAUCAGCGUCAUCAAAGAUGACUUGGAAGACAUCAAACUCAUAGAGCACGGGCUGAGUGACAGUGGACACAUGAGAGGAGGCAAGCUGAGCUGAGUCUACCCUACCAGCACACAUACAUAAGCUCUGACUCUCAAUACCAAUCCUUUGAGUCAACCUGUCCUUUUUGUCAUGGUAUUGGAUUAUUCUAGAAGCAAACAUUUUCACCAUUUAGGUUUGAUCAUAGGAGGGCCUCUGCAUUUGGAGAAGUUAUUCUCUUGAUCACAAUUUUUUUAUCAGGACUUUUCCCCACUAUCUGUACCAGCCAAACAAUGACUAGUUAAUCUGUGCUUUCCAGACUGAUAUAGAGGGAGCUUAAUGGAAAGACUCAACAUCGUCUAAUAAUAACUAGCUUUUGUUAUGGUAAAUCAGAUUGUGGAUUAUGAGAUGAUGAUGAUUGUGACUGGCAUGUAAACAAGUUGUGGGAUUGAAAGUGUGUUGUGAUUGAAUACAUUGUAAAUACAUCUUUGUAUUUCUUUUUUAUGCAGAUGUUAAAAUGUUAAUAAAUUUCAUUUAAAAUGAAA